AUGGGUCUGGAGAAGGGAAUUAACUCCAAGACCCAUAAGAGGUUUGACAACCAUAGGCUACUGCUGCCUAUGCUGCUUCUGCGCUUGGAACCGUUGAAGCACUUGGCAGCCGUGAUCAACCCCACCCUGUUCUUCGACAUCGCCGAGGACGGCAAGCCCUUGAGCCACGUCUCCUUUGAGCUGUUUGCAGAGUUCCAAAGACAGCAGAGAAAAAUUCAUGCUCUGAGCACUGGGGAGAAAGAAUCUGGUUAUAAAGUUUCUUGCUUUCACAGGAUUAUUCCAGGAUUCACAUACUCAAGUGGUAACUUCACACGUCAUAAUGGCACUGGUGGUAAACCCACCUCUGGGGAGAAAUGAGAUGAGAAUUUCAUCCUGAAGCAUAGGGGUCCUGGCACCUUGUCCAUGGUAAACGCUGGGUCUCACACAAAUGGUUCCCAGUUUGUCAUCUGCACUGCCAAGACGGACCGGUUGGAUGGCAAGCAGGUGGUCUUUGGCCAGGUGACAGAGGGCAUGAAUAUUGUGACAGCCAUGGAGUGCCCUGGAUCCAGGAAUGGCAAGACCAGUAAGAAGAUCACCAUUGCUGGGGCGCCUGGGUGGCUCAGUCGGUUGGGCGGCCGACUUCGGCUCAGGUCAUGAUCUCGCGGCCCGUGAGUUCAAGCCCCGCGUCGGGCUCUGUGCUGACAGCUCAGAGCCUGGAGCCCAUUUCGGAUUCUGAGUCUC